UCCUGUCGCCUGCGUCCCAUUUAUCCGCCAUAUCUUCAGACUCAACCAACUUCCUCCAUGUGUCGGUAGCCGAAAGCGCGUUUGCAAAGCGCUGCUUUUGCUUUGCGCGGCUUUUGGUUUUCCUCGUCGCAUGGUGCGCAGUUUCACCCAGAGAGGCUGAGGCCGACAUUUUAGCCUGGGCUCGAGGAGCCCAGACGGCGAGGGGACAUCCGAGGACACGCAGUGAGUGAAAUAUUGCUGCGUUCAGAACCCUUGGAAGCUCGGAAAGACCCGAUGUUACCUGAUGUCCCUACUUCUGGAAAAGCAGAAAGUGUUUGACCUGGUGUCGUGAACGUGACCUGACACCCUCCUGCCUCGGGCAUGCCUCAGCCGGGAAUGAACGGGAUGGAGCCUGCGUUUGGCGAGGCCUACGGGGGCCAUAGGGCGCUGCUGAGCCCCUACCCUUUGGCCAUGUCGCCACAAGGUGGCAGGACCGAGUACGACCAGACUGUACUCCUCAUGCUGGGCUCCCCGGCAUCGCCACGGAAACGGCCCUUUGAGUUGCUGAGCGACCUGGUGGACGAUGGCGGCUUCGGCGAGGACUUGCACCCGGAGCGGUGGGACGUAUCUGCGCUGGACGAGAUGGCCCGCUACACCAGGCUAGGCCUCGGGGUUGGCGGGGACCUGGCGUGUUUCGAAGAGGCUGUGCUGAUGGGCCACUGGGGCCGGAACUGGGAGGAGGAGGAGGACGAGGAGAGGAGGCGGGGCAGCAAGGCGCAGACACACCCAGCACCUCCUGUUCUGGGUGCCGCCAGCCAGGAGGUCCACGCCGCUGCCGCGAGACCGGAGGAGGGGCGUGUCUCUGUUGCCACAACAACAGAGAGCCAGUUAAACUUUGCUGGGGGACAGGGUGGACAAGCGGUGAAGGAGCGUACAGUGGAGGUGUAUCAGGUGGCGCAGGAGGAAGAGGUGGAGGCGACGGAGGUGGAGGCGGAGCCAGCCAGGCAGGCUGGCGAACGGCCGUCAAAGCGUCGUUGCUUCUGGGAAUACCGACGCGCUCGAGAGUCGGCCACAAAGAAGAAGCUGGGCGGAGACGUCCACUGGUCUCUGUCGUGGAGCUCCAGCACGCUGCCCAGCACGCUGUACCGCCGUGAGGGUAAAAAAGGACGACGCAAAGCUCGCAAGACGGAUGCCAGUGACCUGACGCCAAACCCGCAGAAGCUCCACAACAUCGGGGAGCAGCUACAGAAGCUGAACGCCGCCAUCGAUGGCAUGGGCCCGGUCAACGAGCUGCCUGCCAUGGCCCGAGCCCGGUCCAGAAAAGAGAAGAACAAGCUGGCCUCCAGGGCCUGCCGGCUGAAGAAGAAGGCCCAGCACGAAGCCAACAAGAUCAAGUUGUGGGGCCUCAACCAGGAGUACGAGAACCUGCUCGGCGCGCUGCUGCAGAUAAAGGAAGUGAUCCGACAGCGAGUGGAGAGCAGCGAGGAAGAAGACACAGACGAGCGAGGCAUGACGCAGCGCCUGGAAGACAUCCUCCGAGAGUCCAGCGGCCCCCUAGUGGCCGGACGGACCAAAGACUUCGUGCAGAGGAUUUUGGCGGCCAGCGCAGGCGGUCAGACCCAACGCAAAGAGGCUCCGCAGGGAGGAGAGGAGGAGCGGAUACAGUGACCCGGCUCACCCACCUGCCCCCCUCCCCUCCCCCUCCAUCAGUACCGACUGCCACCACCCGGGCCUCUCGACGCCAGACGGGCGCUCUCGCUGAAGAGGCGGCGCCAGUGGGAAUGAGGAGGAGUGGCGCUAACUUGGCGCUUUCUGACCAGCAGCCCUCUUCACCGCUGCACCAGUCUGCACCAACCCAGAGCUGCUGCUGUUGCCGUGUGUGUGUGUAAUGUGUGUGUGUGUGUGUGUGGGCGCGUCUGUGUGUUGUGCAUGAGCACGUGCCCCUCCCCCUCUGUGUGCUGUAUUUGUAUCCCGUUGUGCCUAUGAAUAGACAUUGCACUGUUUUGUAGAUGGCCGUAGUCAUCAGCAGGGGGGCCGCUAGCGAGCUGAGGGCAGGGGGGGCACAGAGGAUGGAGGAAGUGGGAGGAGCUUGGGCCUGACAAACAAAAAGGUGGGUGUGUUUAAUGUGGCUCCUGUAGCUGCACCGCGUAGCGUGUGAAUUGAACCGGCGUCAGAAUGUCGGUGUUGACACCCAACAAGCCGCGCAGCAGCCCCGAGCAGUCAGCAGCUGUUGGAAAGGGAUUGUUGUGGGAAAAGCCCCACCUCCCACCCUGCCACGCCCCCAAAGCAAAACAAAAGAGAAAAAGUGCACCUUAAUUCAAACUGACCAAAGAAAGUCCAGAAGCGUCUGGACUCUAAAAUGCUGCCAACUCGUUUUAUUUUAAAACAAAUGAAAUGUGAGAGAUUUUUUUUGUCAUUUUUAUCCAUAAUUAAUUUUUAAAGACGCCGUGAAGCAGCGGCUCAGAACAUUAGAAAACCAGUUGACUUAAUGCAGUGCUGCAUGUGUCACCAGUAGGGGGCAGUGUAAAAGCCAUUUUGUAUAGCACUGGUUUGAUUGGUCAACUUGAAAGUGGGCAGAACUGCAAACAGAAGAAAAUCAUUUCCCACACAGUUUCAAGCGGCGGCGUAGCAUUAGCUACUCCGUGCAUGCGGGACAAGCAGUUACGACUGCGGCAUUAUGGGAAAUCAUCCUUCUCAGUAAUAAUGGUCUGUGUUUACCCCUCUAGCUGGUAAAACUGACGCGCUAACAGAGUAUUAAUGUUUCAGGAUCUAUGACAUAGAGCUGAACACUGACAUAGGGGGCGCUGCUGCUGAAUUGGACUUUAGAAUGACGGGUCUUUGUCGUGUCCCAACAAAGCGGCACUUUAAUCAGGAAUAACACCGUCUGUUUCACGGUGUCUUUGAAGCAUGCGUUGAUUCCUGAGCGUCGUCGACCUGGCGGCGUGACGGACAGCUGAUAAUUGGGUCAGCGUUUGGCUCCGUGGCUUCUCCUCAGUGCCCCCGCCCCACCUCGACCUCCUCUCGACCCCUGACCUUACUGUGUAGCGCACCUUCCUGAAUUGCAAUGACAAGUAGAAACACUUGUAGAUCUAGAAAGCAAAUAAGUUAAAUUUUUGUUGUUGUUGUUGGCGAUGCCACAGCCCACAUAGUGGGCGCCAGUCUUUAAACGCUGCCUUUCUUCUUCUGUGGUCUUUGCUAAAGCUACAGACCAAGCUGUCCAAGGUCUCUAAAUGUUAUUGGACAUAAAAAAAUAUAUAGUCAAGGACCAUUUGAAUUGCA